AUGAAACGUCUUUCUCGCUUUUUAAGUGGCAACAGCGACAACGCAGAAGAACCCCUGCCAACAGAGAACAAAUGGAUCGUGGAAGAACGCUCCAUUGACGAAGCUCGUCCUCUUCGGGUUGUCAUAAUCGGCUCCGGUAUCUCUGGGAUUAUCGCUUCCAUCAGAUUCAGACAGCGAAUUCCCAAUGUAGACCUGUGUGUCUAUGAGAAAAAUGCGGACAUUGGCGGUACUUGGCUCGAGAAUCGGUACCCCGGCUGUGCAUGUGAUAUACCCGCGCACACAUACCAGGCCACAUUCGAACCGAACAAAGAAUGGUCGACGUUCUAUGCCGCAGCCCCCGAGAUCUAUCAAUAUUGGAAGCGUGUAGCCAACAAGUAUGGCUGUGGGGAGUAUAUCAAGUUCAAGCAGCAGGUCAUACAGGCCGUGUGGGAUGAGACAAAGAGCAAGUGGCAGCUUCAGGUUCAAGAUGGCGAUUCUGACUCGGUGUACUCGGACGAAGCCGACGUAUUGAUUUCAGCAACUGGUGCGCUGAAUAAUUGGAAGUGGCCUGAUAUCCCUGGUCUUCAUGACUUUAAGGGCAAGUUGAUGCACAGUGCCAAGUGGGAUGAGAAUUAUGAUUAUAACGGAAAGAAAGCUGCUGUGAUUGGAAAUGGGUCAAGUGGUAUUCAGGUUGUUCCUGGCAUGCUGCCAAAGGUUUCACAUUUAGACCACUAUAUUAGGGGUCGAACAUGGCUCUCGCCAACAUUUGCUCGGGAUGAGAUCAACAAGCGAGGCACUGGCCUGGAGAAUUUCUCCUUCGCUCCGGAAGAAAUUGAAGAAUUUAAACAUGACCACCAGAAGUACCAAAAAUUUCGUAAAGGAGUUGAAUUAGAACUGCAAUCCGUCCACGGAGCAACCAUUACUGGCACACCAGAACAAGUUGGGGCAAGAGGGGUCUUCCUGGAGAACAUGAAGCGCCGCCUGGCAGGAAAGCCCGCUCUUAUCGAUGACAUGAUCCCGUCCUUCCCACCCGUCUGUCGAAGACUCACACCUGGUCCUGGGUACCUAGAAGCCCUAACAGAUGACAAGGUAGACGUCUUUACAUCCCCAAUUGUAAAUGUCGAUGCAGAGGGUAUCAUUACAGCCGACGGAAAGCACCACCCUACUGAUGUCCUCGUCUGCGCCACCGGAUUCGACACAUCCUUCACACCCCGCUUCCCCAUCAUCGGCCGUAAUGGGGAUUCAUUGGCGCAGCGAUGGAAACUAACCCCAGAAACCUAUUUAUCCUUUGCUGUCGAUGGGUUCCCCAACUACUUCAUCUGUCUGGGUCCCAACGCAGCCUUGGGCGAAGGAAACCUGCUUCUCCUGGUUGAGAAGGAGAUCGAUUACUUCACUGAAUGCGUGAUGAAGAUGCAGCGUGACAAUAUCCGGGCGAUGGGACCCAGGAAGGAAUCCGUGACACGCUUCACCAAGCAUUGUGAUCAGUACUUCUCGCGGACGGUAUUUAGUGAGAGGUGUCGAAGCUGGUAUAAGGGUGGAACAGAGGAUGGGAGAGUGACAGCUCUAUGGCCUGGCAAAUGGUCGUCUCUGCACUCCAUGAAAGCCCUGAUACAUCCUCGCUGGGAAGACUAUGAGUACGAGUAUGUCAACGAUAACCCGAAUGGCUGGAUUGGAGAUGGUUGGACAGAGAAUGAGAAGUACAAGAAGAUCAGCGUGGAUUAUCUAGACGAUGACCAGAUUGAUUUUCCGAGCAUGGUUGUUGACAGUGCAGGAGUUCCAGCAGCUGGUUUUGAUGCUGAUUGA